GUUUCAAGCUUUUUUUUUUUUUUUUUUUUUGAUUCCAAGCUCCACCCAGGAAGUGUGCGGGAGUCUUUAGCGGCAUAACUUGAUAAGUAAUCAAACAAGUGGUCAUACACACAUCUGAGCCAAAUGCCUGCAGACGUUGUGCGUCAACAGUAAAGAUGGACUUGAGAAGUCUCGUCUGCAGCGGGAGGACUGUACGACCCACAGAGUGAACUUGAGCGUGUGCUCAUAUUUACCUGGUGUUGAGCAAAUAUUUCAGCAGUCCUGCAACCUGUUGGCUGAUUCUUCACCCUUCAAGCCAUGCAACCAGACCGCCCGCGUUAUGUGAUUGACAGGCCGGCUUACAACCUCCCAGACUUCGACAAAGAGUUUGACAAGAAGAGUCGACAAUUCCCCGUUGGAGAGAAGGUGAAGAAACUCUUCAGAUGCUCCGCGACGAGACUGAGGGCCCUGUUGUUCAGACAUCUGCCUGCGCUCGGCUGGCUCCCCAAGUAUAAAGCGAAAGAGAACCUGCUGUGUGAUGUCAUCAGCGGGGUCAGCGCCGGUACCAUCCAGGUCCCUCAGGGCAUGGCAUUUGCCCUCCUGGCGAGCCUCCCUCCUGUCAACGGUCUCUAUUCCUCAUUCUUCCCCCUCAUCCCGUAUUUCUUCAUGGGCACUGCUCACCAGAUGGUCCCGGGUACGUUUGCUGUCCUCAGCAUCAUGGUGGGAAUUGUGUGUCUGAGGCUCGCCCCAGAGUCGGACUUCAGUCACUUCAAUCAAACUCUAAAUGCUACAGUCGUGGACACGGACCAGAUGAAUAACGUCCGCCUGGGAAUAUCUGGAACCCUGGCCUGUCUCACCGCCAUCAUACAGAUCGGCCUCGGCUUCAUGCAGUUCGGGUUCGUUGCCAUCUAUCUGUCCGAAUCCUUCGUCAGAGGCUUCAUGACUGCUGCAGGCCUGCAGAUCCUCAUCUCGGUGCUCAAGUACAUCUUCGGCAUCAGUGUGCCGCCUUACAGCGGUCCGCUGGCUGUUAUAUAUACUCUGGUAGAUAUCAUACGAGGCCUCCCCGACACCAACGUAGCGUCAUUAGUAUUCGCUCUAGUCAGCAGUUUAGUCCUGAUCGUGGUGAAGGAGCUGGGUGCACGCUACCGCCACAAGCUGCCCUUCCCUGUGCCAAUGGAGAUCAUUAUUGUGGUGGUGGCCACGGCCAUCUCAGGCCCUCUGCACCUUCCUGAGAUCUAUCACAUGGACAUAGUGGGAGAAAUUCCUUUGGGAUUCCCCACACCGAUCCUGCCCACAGUGAGUCAGUGGGAGGACAUGCUGAGCACCGCUUUCUCCCUGGCGAUCGUUGGAUAUGUCAUCAACCUGGCUAUGGGCAGGACGCUGGCCGCCAAGCACGGCUACGACGUGGAUCCAAACCAGGAAAUGUUGGCUCUCGGCUGCAGCAACUUCCUCGGCUCCUUCUUUAAGAUCCACGUGAUCUGCUGCGCCCUGUCUGUGACGCUGGCUGUCGACAGCGCUGGUGGAACUUCACAGUUCGCCAGUUUGUGUGUGAUGCUGGUCGUGAUGGUCACCAUGCUUGCCCUGGGAGCCUACCUGAAGCCACUUCCAAAAUCGGUGCUCGGAGCCUUGAUCGCGGUGAACCUGAAGAACACGCUCCUGCAGCUCUCCGACCCUUAUUACUUGUGGAAAAAGAGCAAAUUGGACUGCUGUGUGUGGGUUGUGUCGUUCUUGGCCACCUUCUUUCUCAGCUUGCCUUAUGGAGUUGCUAUUGGAGUGGGCUCAUCCAUCCUGGUGGUGAUAUUCAAGACGCAGUUUCGUAAUGGUUCGUCUGUGGUUCAGAUUAUGGAUACAGAUAUCUACAAGAACCCGAAGGUGUACAGUAAGGUCACGUCAAUAACAGGUGUGAAGAUAGUGAACUACUGCUCGCCGCUCUAUUUUGCAAAUGCUGAAAUCUUUCGGCAGAGGGUCAUCAGAAAGACCGGUCUGGACCCGGGCAAGCUUAUCCUGGCCAGGCGGAAGUUCUUAGAAAAGGAACAGAAGGAAAAGGCGAAAGAGGAGAGGAAGGACAAAGAGACGAGAAGGAGGAAACCAAGCUCUCUGGUGACCAUGAAGUCGCAGACCAUAUCUCAGCUUGAACUGCAGAAUGACUUUGACAUGAACGACGGCAGCGCCAGCAAACCCGAGCCUCCCACCAGCUAUGUCAACUUCCACUGUAGUGACAUUGAGCCGGGCGAGCAGGCGCCUGACCGAGAGCCACCCAGUCCCACCGCCGUCACGCUGGAGUCCCAGCCCGUGCCCUUCCACACCCUCAUCCUCGACCUGGCAGGAGUCUGCUUCGUAGACCUGAUGGGCAUCAAAGUGUUGACAAAGAUGAACUCAAGCUACGCGACGCUGGGCAUCAAACUAUAUCUGGCUAACGUUCAAGCCCAGGUGUACGAGGAGCUGGAGGCCGGAGGAGCUUUUGAUGAAGGCAACAUUGACCGCUGUAAUCUCUUCCUCUCCGUCCACGAUGCCAUUCUGUUUGCUCAGCAGACCACCGCGGAGAGGCGAGUCUCUCUAAAGGCAGAGAAAGCAAGACAGGAGCUCGCCUUUAACAUUAAUGAGGAUCUGGAGCAGGAGAUGUUCUGAGGGCUGAUUGCUGCGGUGAAGAUGAGCCGAAGGAAACACAUCGAAGAUCCUGACAACACUCUUCAAAGUCGCUGUAAUUUAUGGAAAUGUGUUGCUGCCAAAUCAUAUCAUGUACUUGAUCUUGUGUCUUUUUUUUUUUUUCCCUGACUGUCAAUUAUCUAAAUAAAAAUGUUUUACUCUA